AUGUACUACAACCAGCAACAGCAACAACUACAACAACCACAACAACACCAACAAUUAUUACAUAUUGAAAGAUCAUCACCAGUAUUUUCAUCAGCAUCAUCUAAUCAUUCAACUACAAGUGGUGGUGGAUUUAAUAAUAAUAAUAAUGGCAAUAAUAACUAUUAUAACAAUAAUGGAGCAAGUAGUAGUAGUAUACAACAAAGUGAAACAUCAAUAGAUACACAUUUAUUUGUAUCACCACCACCAACUACAUUAGUAUGUCCAUUACAUAAUGGUAUUUUCAAUCAACCAUUCAUAGCAAAAUGUGGACAUACCUUUUGUUUUAGUUGUAUAUUUAAACCACAUGCAAAUUCAACCUCACCAAAUCAAUCACCUAUAAACUCAAGUAAUAGUACAAGUACAAAUGAAUUAUUAAAAUGUUUAAAUAAUAUAUCAAUAUCUCAUCAAUCAGGUAAUAAUAAUAAUAAUAAUAAUAAUAGUAAUAAUAAUAGUAAUAGUAAUAUAGCGAAUAAUCAAAAUAAUACACAGCAACAGCAACAACAACCACAACAAAAUAUAUUUAAUAAUAAUACAAAUAUAAUGAUAUGUCCAAUUGAUAAAAUGUCAUUAAGAGAAUAUGAAUUCUUUCCAAAUUUAGCAUUAUCAAGUCAAAUUAAUGAUUUAUUAAUCUAUUGUAGGUGGGGUAUAAAAAAGAGUUCAAUCAAUGGUGAAUUAGUACAGGAUGAUCAAGGUUGUCAACAAAAGAUAAAAUUAGGUUUAAGAAUUGAUCAUGAAAAUGUUUGUGAACAUGCAAUUAUACCAUGUCCAUAUAAUAGAUCAUGUCAACCUUUAAAAAGGUUUCAAUUAAAACAACAUACAUUAAUAUGUAAUCAUAUACAUUGUAAUCAUAGAUCAGCAGGAUGUACAUUUGAAGGUACAAAACAACAAUUAGAGGAUCAUUUACAAGGUUGUGUUUAUGAAAGUAUUAAAGAUUAUAUACAGAGGAAUGAAGAACAAAUCAAUACAUUAAGAUUACAUUUAGAGGAGAAGACAACAGAGAAUGAUUUCUUGAAAAAGAGUAUAGUACAAUUGACAGCAGGUUUCAAUCAGUUGGCAAUGAAAUUAGAAGCGAAAACCAAUAAAUUCGAGGGUACAAUGAGACAUAUUCAAGCGAGUUUAGAGGCAACACAACAUCAACUAUCAGAGACAGUUUAUGAUUUAAAUAUAAUUAAAAAGAAUUCCAAUUUGGAGAGUGUGGAUAUAGUGGAUUUGAAAAUACCACAAUUGAAAUGUAAAGGUACGUUCGUGGGUCAUAAUGGCCCCAUUUGGUGCAUGACUGUCACAAAUGGUAUGUUAAUUAGUGGUAGUUCCGAUAUGAAGGUAAAGAUAUGGGAUUUGGUGACCUUGAAAUGUAAGCAAGUCCUAUCGGGCCAUGAGGGUAUAGUCCAUACGUUGGCUGUCAUUGGCAAUAGGUUGUUCUCGGGCUCCUCUGAUCAAACCAUUCGAGUUUGGGAUUUGGAGACCUUUGAAUGUCUAUCAGUACUCAGGGAUGAUAAUACAGUGUGCGCUUUGGUUAUUGCUGCUGGUUACCUUUUCUCAGGCUCAUUUCAGCAUAUCAAAGUUUGGGAUUUGGAAACAUUUGAAUGUGUUCAAACUUUAAAGGGUAAUAGUCAUUGGGUGCGUGCUCUGACCGUUAGUGGUGGUUAUUUGUAUAGUGGUGCUUAUAAUGUUGUCAGGGUUUGGGAUUUGGCAAAUUUCGAGUGUGUUCAAACAAUUCCUGGUGGUAGUGGUAGUAUAUAUUCUUUGGCCGUUUCAAAUCGUAGAUUAUUGGCUGGAACUUAUGAAAAUACUAUUGUGGUUUGGAAUUUAGAUACUUUUGAAAUCAUUAACAAGUUGGAAGGUCACAUUGGAGCUGUCUAUACUUUGGCUGUUUCUGAUAAAAAGUUUUAUAGUGGUUCUUAUGAUUCAACCAUUAAAGUUUGGAAUGAUUCUUUAGUUUGUGUUCAAACUUUAAAUAGGCAUACAUCUUCAGUUGAAUCAAUAGUUGUUAGUAGUGGUUGUGUUUUUUCUGGUUCUGCUGAUAAUUCUAUAAAAGUUUGGAAAUAA